AGCCGACAUGGCGGCCGCGCUGCAGCAGUUGCUGGAGCGCUCCGAGUUGGCCAAACUCCCCAAGGCCACGGUCAGCAAGCUGGAGAAGCUGCUGUCCGACAAGGAGGCCGAAGCGGACGGCCUGAAGGUCAAGUACGAGCGCUUUAAAGUGGACAGUGAGCAACAAUACUUUGAAGUAGAGAAACGGCUCACCCAGAGCCAGGAAAAGUUGGUAUUAGAAUCACAGGAGUGUCAAAAUCUGCGUGAAGAACUUACCAAACUCAAUGAUCAAUUAACAGAGACUAAAGAGAAAAAUAAGGAACUAGACUCUUCUCAAGAAAAUUUAAAAAAUUCUCAGAACCAACUUUCACGAGCAAAGGAUGAGUUGGAUAAUGAAAAACGAGAACUGGUGAGGACUCUUGAACGAAGAUCGCAAGAACUGGAACAUUUGAAUGAGGAUUUUAAACGAUUAAAUACUAAGCUUGCAGAAACAAAUUCAGCAAAAAUAGAUCUUCAGCUGAAGCUCGAUGAACUCCAGGUUUCUGAAAUCUCAAUCAAGUACCGUGAAAAACGACUUGAACAAGAAAAGGAACUAUUGCAGAACCAGACCAAUUGGUUGAAUGCAGAAUUAAAAAAGAAGACUGAUGAGCUGUUGGGACUUCGUCGAGAAAAGAGCAAUGAAAUUCUUGAACUGAGAUGUAAUCUCGAGAACAAAAAGGAUGAGGUCUCCAGUAUUGAAGAACAGAUUAGCACUUUAAAAGGAGCUAAUGAAAAUUUCAAGAAACAGAUUGAUGACUUAAUGAGUAAACUGAAAGAGUCAAAGGAGCAUUCGGCGAGCAUGGAGGAAAAAUUCCGCAAUGAGCUGAAUGCUCACAUAAAGUUAUCAAACUUAUACAAGAGUGCUGCAGAUGAUUCUGAAGCUAAGGCUGCAGAGCUUACCGGAGCAGUUGAAGAGCUUCAUAGCCUUCUGAAACAGGCUAACGAGGCCCAUAAGCAAAGCGAGGAGCGAGUGGCUGAGACCGUGGCCUCCAAUGCCAAACUAAUUACUGACCUGAAUGAGAAGGUCGGUAAGCUUGAGAAGGAAUUGGAAAAUGCUAAUGAUCUCCUUGUAGCCACCAAACGUAAAGGUAUAGCCACCCUCUCAGAGGAAGAACUUGCUGCCAUGUCCCCAACUGCAGCAGCUGUUGCUAAAGUUAUAAAACCUGGAAUGAAGCUUACUGAGUUAUACAAUGCAUAUGUUGAAGCCCAGGAUCAGCUGUUGCUGGCAAAACAGGAAAACAAGCGGGUAAAUAAGUACUUGGAUGAGAUUGUGAAAGAAGUGGAGAUGAAGGCUCCGAUUUUGAAACGCCAGCGGGAGGAAUAUGAACGUGGGCAAAAAGCCGUAGCAAAUCUCUCAGCAAAACUGGAAGAAGCCAUGAAGGAAAUGCGUCGAUUACAAAAAGAUACCGAUGAGGCUAAUAAGAGUUCUACGUUGCUCGGCAGGGAGAAUCAAAGAUUAAAAAUGCAAAUGACUGACCUCUCUCAGCAGACUAGAAUUCUUUUGAUGGAACUGGAAGAUUCACGAGGGAACCACGUUUUGCGAGAAGAUGAAGUUAGCUCGGCUGAUAUUAGCAGUUCAUCUGAAGUAAUUUCACAACAUUUAGUCACUUAUCGUAGCAUUGAAGAACUCCAGCAGCAGAACCAGCAGCUGCUACUGACCCUUCGUGAACUUGCUGAGAAACAUGAGAAAGAAGAAGAGGAAAAGGCCUCAUCACGAAUUAAAGGACUUGAGUCUGAUCUUUCGAAAUCCUUAGUCGAACUGGAGGGUCUCCGUGAAGCACGAAAUCAUCAGAUGCAAAUGGUUGAAUCGAUUGUACGGCAGCGUGAUAUGUACCGCAUACUACUCGCACAUACGACUGGAGUUUCAAUUCCAAUCCAAGAUAAGGCACCAGGAGAAAUGUCUUUAAUAUCGUCUCUUCCAAAACACUCCCCAGGAUUGAGUAAGGAAAUGCCUCAGAUGGCAUCAACACCCAGUCAGAUUCCUGCAUUGGAGACCACAGAGCUUGUACAAGCCAAGGCAGCACUAAAGCAGUUACAGUUACAUUUUGAAACCUACAAGAAGGAAAAAGCGGAGAACGACAAGAUGCUAAAUGAGCAGAAUGAUAAGCUUCAGGAUGGCUUAACACAGCUGCGAACCCAGAAUACAAAAUUGUCUACACAGCUAGAGUUUGCUUCCAAAAGGUAUGAGAUGCUGCAGAACAAUAUAGAUGCAUUCCGGCGUGAAAUAUCAUCACUGCGUGAUAGGGGUCAGAAACUCACCACAACUGUACAGAAACAGGAGCACAUUAUCUGCAGUUUGACACAGGAACUGCGAGGAUCAAACGAAAAGUUGGCUAUAGAAGAGGCUCGAGGGGAAAAUUUGAGGAAAGAGAAAGAUAUGUUGAAGAUGGUGGAAGCGCGUUUGACCCAAGAGCGUGACUCUAAGUUAGCAGAACACAGGGGACAAAGUUUGCUGCUGACAAAUCUACAGUCCAUUCAGUUGAGUCUGGAGCGCGCAGAGACUGAGACCAGACAACGCCUGAAUAACCAGAUUGAAAGACAAGAACGAGAAAUAACACAGUUAAAAAAGAAGUUGGAAAAUGAAGUGGAACAGCGACAUUUUCUUGGAAGGAACCAAGAUGUGCAACUUGUGGAAAUCAAAAAGCAGUAUGAAACUGAAUUAGGUCUCCAUGUCAAGACAAAGGACCUAUUGAAAAAUGCAGAAAAAGAAGCCAGCACUUUGAAACAGCAACUUUCCAAUGCUGAAACUCAACUGGUAUCGCAUACUCAAGGAGGAGGAUCCAAAGGGGAUUCAAAUGGAGAAGAGGACGUGGACAAUCUAAGAUCACGGCUUCGCCAGGCGGAGGAACAGACAAACGACCUCAGGGAGCGCCUCAAGACAACCACAAGCAAUUUGGAGCAGUACAGAGGCAUGGUGCUUAGUCUGGAAGACUCUAUCAGCAAAGAGAAGCAGGUGACUGAGGAGGUUCGAGCAGCUGUGGAGUCUCGGCUCACUGAGUCUGCAGAAUAUCAGGCACAGUUAGAAAAGCGUUUAAUGGAAGCUGAGAAAGAAAAACAAGAUUUGACUGAUGAAAAGCGCAAAACUAUAGAAAAUCUGGAACAGCAGAUGUCUGACCUAAGGAAGAAUCUGAGCAGCCUCCAGGCAGAACUUCAGGAAGCUCUUCAACGAGCAACUGGUGCUGCAAACAAUGAACAGCAAGCAAGGGCGGAUUGUCAGGAACAGGCAAGGAUAGCCUCUGAAGCACAGAAUAAGUAUGAGCGGGAACUGAUACUUCAUGCUGCUGAUGUGGAAGCACUGCAGACUGCUAAGGAGCAGGUAGCCAAGACCUCCCAGUUGCGGCAACAGCUAGAGGAUACUGCUCAGAAGGCUGAAGCUCAGCUGUUGGAGAUGAAGACAGCCAAGGAAGAACUUGAACAGAUGUUAAAGGCUGAAAUUGUGAAACAAACAGCACAUUGCGAGGAUCUGCAGAAACAGAACAAGCUGUUGCUUGAGCAGGUCGAGGGCCUCAGCAAUAAAAUGGUGACCACUGUACAAGAUGCAAGCCAGAGUUGCAUGAACAUUUCUUUCAGUGAGGAGGGGAAAUCCCAGGAACAAUUGCUUGAAAUUCUUCGGUUUGUGCGGCGAGAAAGAGAAAUUGCAGACACAAAGUUUGAAGUUGCCCAGGUCGAAUGCCUUCGUUAUCGCCAGAGAAUGGAGAAUUUAGAGAGGGAAAUGAAGGAAGUGCAAAAUAAUCUCAACUCUGAAAGGGAAAAAGUGCAGGUAACUGCAAAAACCUUGGCACAACACGAUGAGCUGAUGAAGAAAACUGAAACUAUGAAUGUUUUAAUCGAAACCAAUAAGAUGCUCAGAGAUGAGCGGGAAAGACUCGAGCAAGAACUCCAGCAAUCUCAUUCAAAGAUUCGCAAGCUGGAAUCUGACAUCCUGCCUCUUCAGGAGUCCAACACGGAACUGAGCGAGAAAAGUGGAAUGUUACAAGCUGAGAAGAAACUUCUGGAAGAGGAUCUGAAACGCUGGAAAGCACGUGCUCAGCAACUUAUCAGUCAGCAGAAAGAGACUGACCCAGAUGAAUACAAAAAGUUACUGUCUGAGAAAGAUGUAAAUGCAAAGCGUAUUCAACAACUGACUGAAGAAACCGGGAAACUGAAGACUGAUAUUGCAAGGUUGAAUGCAUCGUCCACUACGUCACAGCGUGAUGUGCAGACUUUGAGGAUUGAAGUAACUCGAGUGACCACUGAACGAGAUAACCUGAAGCAAGAAAUGGUGACAAAGGUUGCAGAAAACCUGGAGAAGAUCAAAACCAUCACCCAGGUUAAAAAGAUCGGUCGCCGUUACAAGACUCAAUAUGAGGAGCUAAAAGUUCAGUAUGACAAGAUGGUUGUCGAGAAAUCCUCUCAACGUACAGCAGAGCAGCAAGCAGAACAGUCCUCUGCCCAAGCCACUCAGGAAUUGCAGGAAAUUCUAUCCCAGUCUGAGUCCAGAACCAAGGCUCUGGAGUCUCAGACUGAAGCCUUGCAGAAGUCUAUUAAUGAGAAAGAAUCUGAAGUGAAAACAUUGCAAGUUGAAGUAUCACAGCAACAAGGAGAGCUUUCUCGCUUACGCCAGGAACUGCAGGAAAAAUCAACGCUCGAGGAUCAACUUCGACAGCAGAUUACAGAGAAGGAAGAGAAGAUGAAGAAAGCAAUAGUGGGAGCCAAACAAAAGAUCUCGCAACUAGUUGGUGUAAAGGACCAAAUGGGGAAGGAAAAUGAAGAGCUGAAGCAGCGCAAUGAAGAAUUUAAACAACGUAUCGCGACUAUGGACCAGCAGAGAGAGGAGCUGGAGGUGCGCAUGAGUGCACUCAAAUCACAGUACGAUGGUCAUAUUGCUCGUCUGAAACGAGAGCUGAAAGAGCACCAGGAUCGACAACAUGAGCAACGUGAGGAACCCCAGGAACUAGCCAGCAAGGCUUCUGAACCACAGAGACAACUGGAUCAACAGAGGCAGAUUACACUGAAACAAACUCCAGCAUCUACUGAUAGAGGAAGUUCCAGUGCUUCCGAGCCUCCAACAGCUAACAUCAAGCCCACUCCCCUGGUGGCAACGCCCAGUAAAGUGCCAGCUGGCACCGUACCUGGUAGUAAGUCAACACCAAGAGCCAGUAUCCGUCCAAUGGUCACUCCAGCAACGGUGACUGCACCAGCUACAACACCCACAGCCACCGUAAUGCCCACCACACAAGUGGAGAGCCAAGAAGCUACCAUACAGCCAGAGGGACCAGUUGAACACGUUACAGUUUUUGGAAGUGCAAGUGGAACAGUUCGCUCAACGAGUCCCAAUAUCCCAAACUUGUCACAGCCCAUUUUAACGGUCCAACAGCAGCAAACCCAGGCCACUGCUUUUGUGCAACCUACCCAACAGACUCUUCAGCAGGUAGAACCAGCAAAUCAGGAGCCGUCAGCCACCAUUGUAGAGCUUGUACAGACCUCACAGAUAGAAAGACCUUCCACUUCUACUGCUGUGUUUGGAACAGUUUCAGCAACUACUUCUAUAUCCAAGCGUCAGCGCGAUGAAGAGGAAGAGACCAGUGUGGAAAACACAGAUCAUGCUCAGGAAGAAUCUGUGGACCAGCCACAGUCUAAGAAAUUGAGAAUUGUCCAACGAGUUGGCCCUGAGGAAGAGCAUGUGCAGGACAUUGAAGGAAAUGCAGAAGUGGUAACUGAAAUGCAGCUUCAGACAGAUCACCUGGGUUCACAAGACUCCAUCACACAGGUAGUCAUUGAAGAGGACUAUCCUCCUUCUCAACUAAUGGAGGACAGCCAAGAGGCUUCUCAGACUUUACCAUUAGAAUUGGUGCCUCAACCCCCUGAACAUCAGCAGAGCACCCAGUCAUCCCAAGAUUCACAGCCACCCGAUGUCAUCAUUAUAGACAGUGAUGAAGAGGACGAGGCAGAAAAUGAAGAGGACCAAGAGCAGGAGUACGACGAAGAGGAAGAGGAUGAUGAGGAUGAAGAUGAUGAUACUGGAAUCGAGGAUGGUGAUGGAGAGGACAGCAAUGAGGGCAGUCCUGGUGCAGAAGAUAAUUAUGAUGGUGAUGAUGCAGAGGGUGCAGAGGGUACAGACCCCAGUACAGAUAAUGAGCAAAGUAUGAGCAGUGCUAAGGAAGGUGAAAGCAUCCAAAGACCAGAAGACAUUCAAGAUAAUUCUGGAGGAGGUGAAGGUGGUAUGUCCACUGUGGAACCUUUUGGUUCAGAUGCACCAAGAGAGCACCAAUCUGUAGCUGAAAGGCAGACUCCCCGACCACCACGAUCGCCACGGAGACCUCCGCAUCAUCUUCCUCCAAGACUAACCAUUCAACCUCCAGCACAGGAAUUGGGGCCCCCUGCCCAGCGGUUCCCACCAGCCAGGCGUCCGUCAUCAAGCCGAGGAGGAAUCCAGCUGACUCCAGGCAUCGCAGGAGUGCAACAACACUUCUUUGAUGAAGAUGACAGGAUGGUGCCAAGCACACCAACUCUUUUUGUGCCCCACCGAUCAGAUGGAUUUGCAGAAGUCAUUCAUUCACCUCAGGUCACUGCUGUACCAAGCUUCGGGUUUGGUCUCUCUGAGGAUCUUUCGCAAACCAGUUCAAGCCAAUCGGAUCUUGGACAACUAGCAUCACAAGGAGGCCUGGGAAUGUAUGAAACUCCCAUUUGUCUUGCGGCCGUUCAUGAAGAUGAGUCUGGAGGUCGCAGUGUGCCCACUACACCACUCCAGGUUCAUGCACCAGUGACUGUUUUCAAUGAGGGCAUACAAUCAGAUGGAACAGAGCAUGCCUCCCAAUCCGUUCCUAUGGUUACAACAACUCUGACCAGUCUGUCAAAUACUGUUGAGUCUGGAGGUGGUGGGGAUGAUGGAGAUGAAGUGUUCGUGGAAGGAGGCGAACAAGAGGGCCUUGGCUCAGAUGCUCUGCUGGAAAUUGAGGGACAACAGGAGGAGGAAGCUGUUCAGCCAUCCGAAGAGGCAGACCUGCCAUCCACUAGCCAGGAUCCACCGUCCAGUUCAGCAGAUGCCAGCAGCACUCAGCCGAAACCCUUGCGAAGGGUCCGACUUCACCCACAGAUGGGGAGAACUGUUGGUCGAGGGCGACAAUUCCAAAAUCGAAGAGGUAUGAGCCAUGCAAUGGGAGGAAGAGGAGGUCUAAAUCGUGGAAAUUUGGGUUGAAGUGCCUGACGCCUUGAAAAAUCAGUCUGUCCUCUGUAUAUGACCAUAAAUUGUAUUGGUGGCAUGUCACUCGUUUUGCUUAUUGUACCAAGCGCUGGGAAUGAAUAAUUUUUUGAACCUCAAAAAGAUUGGGCACACUUCAUGGUAUAACGUUUUCUGUUUACUGAAAAUAAAGUGACUUCCUUUUAAACCA